AUGCAUUGACGCGCGCGCGAGCGUGUGAGCUAAACAUCCGGCGCGAGCCGCCGCUGCUGUGAGUGAGUGUGUUUGGAGGAAGAUGGCGGCGCUUAUCCUCCCGUCUGACUGGAUAAAAAACUGGGACAAAUCCGGCAAAAAUGAGUUUUUACAGUUUUUCCAGGACCUUGCAGGGAAACCCAGUGGUCAGGAGUUUGUUAAAGAUCUGCAGUCAGCCCUGUAUGAGCUCUGCUGGCAUGUUAUCCAGGGCAAUCUGAAGGUGGAUGUGGCUGCCGGUCUCCUGGCUGAUGUUAUGGAGCUGCGGGACGAUAUGCCUUCUAUUUUAGCUGAUGUAUUCUGUAUAUUAGAUAUUGAGACUGGCUGUUUGGAGGAGAAACACAAACGAGAUCAUUUUACCCAGUUGGUUGGAGCCUGUUUGAUCUGUGUUCCUGAUGGUGUGCUAAAAGAGAGAUUAGAUCCAGAAACGCUGGAAUCUCUGGGACUGAUCAAACAGGCUCAGCAGUUUAACCAGAAGAUUGUCAAAAUCAAGACCAAAUUAUUUUACAAACAGCAGAAGUUCAAUUUGUUGCGUGAGGAGAAUGAAGGUUACGCUAAGCUGAUCACGGAGCUUGGGCAGGACCUGUCCGGGAAUCUCACCAGCCACAUCGUUCUGGAGAGCAUCAAGUCAUUAAUAGGAUGUUUCAAUCUGGACCCAAACCGCGUGCUGGACAUCAUCUUAGAGGUGUAUGAGUGUCGCUCUGACCACGAUGAGUUCUUCAUCCCUCUUAUCAAGUCCUACAUGUGCGAGCACCAGACCCUCUGCCACAUGCUUGGCUUCAAGUUCAAGUUCCAUCAGGAGCCUAAUGGAGAAACGCCAUCAUCUCUGUACCACAUCGCUGCAGCUCUUCUUCAACACAACCUCAUCGCUCUUGAAGACCUCUACGUACAUCUCCUUCCACUGGACUCCAGCAUUGUUGAAGAGCACAAGAGAGAGAUCCUGGAGGCCAAGCAGAUUGCUCGCAAACUCACCAUGGUGGUCGUUCCCUCUGAAAAGGCAGAGGACAAGGAGAAAGAAAAGGAGAAGGAAGAGGAGAAGAAUGAGAAGCCUCCUGAUAACCAGAAGCUGGGGCUGCUGGAGGCGCUGCUGAGGAUCGGUGACUGGCAGCAUGCUCAGAGCAUCAUGGAUCAGAUGCCAGCUUUCUACGCCACCUCCCACAAGGCCAUCGCCAUCGCACUGUGCCAACUGCUUCACCUAACCGUGGAGCCGCUCUACCGCAGGGCCGGAGUCCCCAAAGGUGCCAAAGGCGGUUUAAUGACGCCUCUGCGGAACAAACAGGCACCGCGGCCGGCCGAAAGCUUUGACGAUCUCUCCAGGGAUGUCUUCACCAUGCUGUGCUACCUGGGCCCUCACCUGUCCCAUGACCCCAUCCUGUUUGCCAAGAUUGUGCGACUCGGCAAGAGUUUUAUGAAAGAGUACCAAAGUGAAAGCAGACAAGACAUCAAGGACAAAACGGACUCUCUGCUGAGCUGUUUUCUUAGUAUUGCUGAUCAGGUGUUGUUACCAUCUCUCUCACUCAUGGAGUGCAACGCCUGCAUGUCGGAAGAGAUCUGGGGCUUCUUUAAACUCUUCCCCUAUCAGCACAGAUAUCGCCUCUAUGGGCAGUGGAAGAAUGAGACGUAUGGCAAUCAUCCCCUCCUGGUGAAGAUCAAGGCUCAAACGGUAGACCGAGCCAAAUACAUCAUGAAGCGACUGACUAAAGAAAAUGUGAAGCCCUCAGGAAGGCAGAUCGGAAAGUUAAGCCACAGUAACCCCACCAUUCUCUUUGAUUAUAUUCUGUCUCAGAUCCAGUGGUAUGACAACCUGAUAACUCCAGUGGUGGACUCUCUCAAAUACCUCACCUCUCUCAACUACGAUGUGCUGGCCUAUUGCAUUAUUGAAGCUUUAGCCAACCCAGAGAAAGAGAAGAUGAAACAUGAUGACACGACCAUUUCAUCAUGGCUGCAGAGUCUUGCUAGUCUUUGUGGAGCAGUUUUCAGAAAAUAUCCCAUUGAGUUAGCUGGUCUUCUGCAGUAUGUGACCAACCAGCUGAAAGCAGGCAAAAGUUUUGACCUGCUGAUCCUGAAGGAGGUUGUGCAGAAGAUGGCAGGAAUUGAGAUCACAGAUGAAAUGACCGUGGAGCAGCUGGAGGCCAUGACAGGCGGAGAACAGCUUAAAGCAGAGGGUGGCUACUUUGGGCAGAUCAGGAACACUAAGAAGUCUUCUCAGCGUCUGAAGGAUGCUCUUCUGGACCAUGAGCUGGCAUUACCGCUGUGUCUGCUGAUGGCGCAGCAGAGGAAUGGCGUGGUCUUCUCUGAGGGGGGAGAGAAGCAUCUUAAACUCGUGGGGAAGCUUUACGAUCAGUGUCACGACACACUUGUGCAGUUUGGUGGCUUUUUGGCAUCUAACCUCAGUACAGAAGACUACAUCAAAAGGGUGCCAUCAGUCGAUGUCCUCUGCAACCAGCUCCACACGCCACACGACGCCGCCUUCUUCCUGUCUCGGCCCAUGUAUGCCCAUCAGAUUCUGUCCAAGUAUGACGAAUUGAAGAAGGCAGAGAAGGGCAACCGGCAGCAGCAGAAGGUCCAUAAGUACAUUGCAGCCUGUGAGCAGAUUAUGACCCCUGUGCAUGAGGCUGUCGUCUCUCUUCACUUGCCCAAAGUGUGGGAUGAUCUUCGACCCCAGUUCUAUGCCACCUUCUGGUCCCUCACCAUGUACGACCUGGCGGUACCACACAAUGCCUACGACCGGGAGGUCAACAAGCUUAAGAUGCAGAUCAAGGCCAUUGAUGAAAAUACAGAGAUGCCCCUGAAUAAAAAGAAGAAAGAGAAGGAACGCUGCACAGCGCUGCAGGACAAGCUGCAAGAAGAGGAGAAGAAACAGCUAGAGCAUGUGCAGAGAGUUCUGCAUCGCCUCAAACUGGAGAAAGACAACUGGUUACUCGCCAAAUCCACUAAGAAUGAAACCAUCACUAAGUUCCUGCAGCUCUGCAUCUUCCCCCGCUGCGUCUUCUCAGCCAUUGACGCAGUUUACUGUGCUCGCUUCGUGGAGCUGGUACACCAGCAGAAGACGCCCAACUUCUGCACCCUACUUUGCUACGACAGAGUUUUUUCUGACAUCAUCUACACGGUAGCGAGCUGCACGGAGAACGAGUCCCGCCGCUACGGUCGUUUUCUGUGCUGCAUGCUAGAGACUGUGACUCGAUGGCACAGUGACAGAGCCAUCUAUGAGAAGGAAUGUGGCAAUUACCCUGGGUUCCUGACUAUUUUCCGAGCCAGUGGUUUUGACGGAGGGAACAAAGCAGAUCAACUGGACUAUGAGAAUUUCCGGCAUGUUGUCCACAAAUGGCAUUACAAGUUGACUAAAGCAUCAGUCCACUGUCUGGAGACGGGCGAGUACACCCACAUUCGCAACAUCCUGAUCGUGCUCACCAAGAUCCUACCCUGGUACCCCAAGGUGCUGAACUUGGGCCAGGCUCUAGAGUGCCGCGUUCACAAGAUCUGCCAGGAAGAGAAAGAGAAGAGGCCCGAUCUCUAUGCGUUAGCCAUGGGCUACUCUGGCCAAUUGAAAGGCAGGAAAGUGCACAUGGUGCCUGAAAAUGAGUUCCACCAUAAGGAGCAGCCAGUGCGCAGUGCCACGCCUGGCAAUCUGCAGAACGGACCUGGCAACACGGGCAAGCCUGCGACCACUGCCGCUGCCAGCGCUGGCAAAACUGAGGAGGGGGCCGCCGAGGAUUCAGAUAAAUCCAAGGACAAAUCUCAGACGGCUCAGAAAACUGCCAGCAAAAACAGCACCGCAGCCAAUAAAGUGAGCAGCAGCAACGGAAGCAGCACGCCAAACAGCACUAAAGGGAGCAAAGAGAAGGAAGAUAAAGAGAAGACCACAAAGGAGAAAAAGGAGAAGAAAGAAAAGAACCCAGCAAGCACUCCAGAGGCCAAGGCAGGAGGGAAGGACAAACCGAAGGAGGAAAGAUCCAAGGAGGAGAAGCCCUUUGACAGCAAGGAGAAGACGCCCAAGGCCGAGAAGGAUAAGAGGAAGGAUGACAAGAAGGAAGAGAAGAGCAAGAUCGAUGGGAAAUCUGCUGAAAAAGAGUGGCCCAAGGAACGCGACGUGUCCAACGACAGCAAGACAAAGGAAAGCAGCAAGGUGGAGAAGAACGCUGGGGCCGGAAGCCUGAAGUCCCUUGUGCCCAGAUCUGAGGGAGUCGAGUCUGAACGGGCAGAGCAAAAAAGACGAAAGCUUGACACUCACUCGUCACCAUCGCACUCCUCUGCAGUUAAGGACAAUCUCAACGACCUCAAGGACUCUGCUUCAAAGCACCAUCCUAACCACAGCACAGUCCUGUCCAAGAGCAAAGAGAAGGACGACGAGAAGAAAGAGUCUGACAAAUCCAGGGACCGCUCCAAAGAGAGGGAGAAGAAAGAAGACCGGAAGGAAAGAAAACGAGACUACGCGAACAGCGACCGUGAGAUGAGCCAGGAAGCCAAGCGCCGCAAAGAUGAAAAUGGAAUGAACUCCUCCAAACACAGCAAGAGCGCCAGCCCCUCCGAAUCGCCACACUCCAACGACAAGGACAACGGUAAACGCUCCAAGUCCACCAGCAAGGACAAAGGCGAUCUGGCCAAACCAGAGAAGACCUCUGGAGGCAAAAAGGAAUCCAGGCAUGACAAAGAGAAAUCAGAAAAGAAGAGAGACAGCACCGGCGCUAAAGAAGAGAAGAAACAUACCCAUAAAUCAUCAGAAAAGCACAGAUAAUGUAUGCGGACACUCAAGAGGUUUUUCCGGACCUGACGUUCCUCUCCAGCGGUAUUCCCUGCUGUGGGCCACUGUGGGCUGCAGAAUUCAUCAUCGCCAGCUUUCUCAACCAUGUCAACGUCUUAAUUUGCUUCUAUCACCGUCUGGAAAGAGGAUUCCGUCGCACACUUAGGAAUUUUGCCUGCAUCCAAACUUCUGUUGUUUUGCCUAGAAACGUUGUAGCUCGUAUUUUAAUCUGCCAUUUUUAUUGUGAUAAUUUCAGUACUUCACUGAAAGUUUGUUUCCUUUAAAUAUUUAGCACAAUGUGCUGCUUGCAUCACAAACAGAUUCAGGUUGAAUUGGUGUCACUUUCAAAUGCUUGCAUUUUUAUGACCUCGCUCUAUUACCUUCCUUUUCCUUGGUUUUUCUUUUGUUUUUGCCCCUUUUUUCUUUUUAAGUAAAAAAGAAAACUCUGGUUUCCGGAAUACUACCUUUUUUUUCCUUUUUAAUUCACAUGUGAUAUUUAGACUAGGUGUUUGAAGCAGUACAAAUGCUCUAUUUGUAUAUUAUGUAUACAGAAAUAAAAUGGUUCCGUGUAAUAAGACAUUUCCUGUUACUUUCAUUUCAAAUGUAUGCCUCCCUGGUUUUCUUUGUGUGUUCAAUCACGUUUUUAAAAGAUUUGUAUAAAGAAUGGCAAGCUGGAGUUCUCCGUAAAUAAGUGGACUAAAAAGGAAACAAUUCAUGAUUUUCCAAAUUACUUAAUGGAGUUUUUAUCUGGCAAAAUCUACAAAGUGUAUGCUUUUUCUAAAUAAAAUAGUUUUCUUAGUGUA